AUGGAUGCUAUAUCCGCGUUACUGUUCUGCACGGUUGCAUCGACUUUGUGUCAAUUGUCGAACAGUCAAUACCAGUCACCCCAGCAGGCAGCAAUUUUGAGCGAUGCGAGAUAUUUGGCUGGAGAUGGAACUUUCGGAGCCGCUUAUUCGCAAGAGGAUGGCGUUGAGUUCAAAGAGGAAAGCGACGUUUACGGAAAUCGUCGUGGGUCUUAUUCCUACGUCGAUCCGACUGGUCAAAGACGCACAGUGUCGUACACAGCUGGAAAAGAUGGCUUCCAGGCUAGCGGAGACGGUAUUCCCGUCCCACCCCCACAGGUUCCACCUCAACCAGAGUACGUGCCCCUACCACAAUAUAAUCCACCAGAUUACCAACCACCGCGUUACAAUCCACCUGCACAGCAAUAUCAACGACAAAGUCAACCAGUGUACGAGCAACCCGAGCCUCAACCUCAACCCCAACCUGCGUAUCAGCCUCAACCCCAGUAUCAACCCAGGCCUCAGCCACCACCACCGCCACCUGAAAUUCCCUCGUACAAUCCUCGACCACAGUAUCAACCCCCAACCAGACCAUUGCCGCAGUACAACGCGAUAACGACGCCACCACCUCGAAGGUUUUACCCUCCGGGAAAGUUGAGCUUCAACAGGACACCGGAUGGCUACUCGUACACGUUCAGCAAGAGUUAA